GUGUACACGAACGAGACAACACGCUCACGAACGGAUCACUCGUGGGUUCGACCUCAGCGAUGGAAUCUUGAUCAAGGGUGUUGCUCCGUCGACUCGUUCAUUCGGGUCACCGUAACAACACAUUCAACACCAGGAGAAACAUGGCGGACGCUGCUCCAGCCCGUGGUGGAUUUAGAGGAGGAUUCGGCUCGCGUGGCGGUUCCCGCGGUGGUCGUGGUGGACGCGGUCGCGGACGUGGUCGUGGCCGUGGACGCGGUGGUAAGGAAGACUCGAAGGAAUGGGUGCCGGUAACGAAGUUGGGCCGUCUGGUGAAGGAUGGCAAAAUUCGUACGCUGGAAGAGAUUUACCUGUACUCGCUCCCGAUCAAAGAGUUCGAGAUCAUCGAUUUCUUCCUGAACCGUCUGCUGAAGGAUGAGGUGCUGAAGAUCAUGCCUGUCCAGAAGCAGACCCGUGCCGGUCAGCGUACCCGCUUCAAGGCGUUUGUCGCCAUCGGUGACAGCAACGGCCACAUCGGUCUCGGUGUGAAGUGCAGCAAGGAAGUGGCCACUGCUAUCCGUGGUGCCAUCAUUCUGGCCAAGCUGUCGGUUGUCCCGGUGCGUCGUGGCUACUGGGGUAACAAGAUCGGUCGCCCGCAUACCGUACCCUGCAAGGUUAGCGGUAAGUGUGGUUCCGUUCUGGUGCGUCUGAUCCCAGCUCCUCGUGGUACCGGCAUCGUAUCUGCCCCGGUACCGAAGAAGCUGCUGCAGAUGGCUGGUAUUGAUGAUUGCUAUACCACCACCCGUGGUUCGACGACGACGCUCGGUAACUUCGCCAAGGCCACGUACGCAGCCAUUGCCAAGACGUACGCUUUCCUGACGCCGGACUUGUGGAAGGAUCUGCCUCUGAACAAGACGCCGUACCAGGAGUUUGCCGACUUCCUCGACAAGACCAGCAAGAGCGCUCAGCGCGUCAUCGAAAUGUAAGAGUCAUACUUGCAUUUUGACGAACGAAUGCGUCUGAUUCGCCAAACGCUGCCCAAUUCUUUGGAUGCAGUGAUGCUGAAGGAGUAAACAAACAAUAAAAAAAACUAUUCGUUUCGGAAACGUUACGAUAACAAAUGCGGCGCUAUCAUAGAG